GUGACUUGUCGUACGUGGAAAUGUAAUGUAAUCAACUGUUGUUGAGUUUAAAAACCACAAGUUACACAAGUUACCACAACACAUGGACUGGUCAAAUGGAAUUACGUCCCCAAAAUACAAAAAUAGGUUUAUGUUCUAUAAUCUCAAUGUUUUCCAGAAUUUUACAUCUUCAAACUUUGUUACUGUUGAUCUGUAUUCCUGUCCAGUUUCUUGCAGUAGUUUUGCAAGUUCUUAGCCUUGUUGAAUGCAAGCAAUGUCUUCUAUUCGCCAGAAUUUUGGAAAUUGAACGUAUUUUAGAAGGGGGAUUUGUUGGUUGGUGCUACAUGCUGGUUGCUCAUGGAUUUUUGAUAAUUUUAUUUUGUUGUGUAAUGUUGUCAAGGUGCCCUGCUUGGGUAAUUUCAUUUGGAAGUUUGUGGCUUUCCAAAAAGUACUGGAUGAUGCUGUGCGUUUGUAUAUCAACCAUAAUUGCAACAAUAUUCAUUGCUGUUGGUUGGCAUCAAUUUUGCAAUAGUUUUAAAGUGGUGAGAUGCUACCACACUUCAUCUCUCCUUAUUGACUGGAAAGCAUACACACCAAAAUAUUCAAAUUGUUAUAACACAUAUUAUUACUACAGAAUAACAGAGCUGUGUUUUGUAUGGUCUUCGGUGUCAAUGAUCUUCACGUUACUACUUGCCAUUUACACUGAUAAGAUUUAAUUAAAUUUUCUAUUUCAUGUAAAUAUGUCAAUGUUCUAAUGUUUGGUAGGUGGGAUUUCAUUUUACUUUGUAAAAAUGUAUCAUGUUCAGCUCCUGUAAAUCAUCUUCAGAAUAAUUAAGGGACAAAUCAUUUGCAUUCACAA